UGCCAUCUAUCAAUUCGCAGAAAAUUGUCGAAUUUCGCGCGCGGCGAGAGUCGCGAGAGAUUCAGCAGAUUUCGUCAUAUCUAGAGCCUACAGGUAAGGUUGGAUUCUAUGUGUGUACGGGCUUGUCGGCGAAUUUUUUCACCUUUGUUUCAAAAGAAAAACAUUGACUCGAAUGAAAGAAGAACGCAAUUUGGUUAACCAUUUGUAAAUAUUUUUCGACAAUAAUUAGUUUAAGCAAUAAGCAAUGGCUUCACCAGCACCAAAGUCCCCCGAACAGUCGGAGAAAAGUCGGAAAUACGACAGACAAUUGAGGUUAUGGAAUGAUCAUGGACAAUCUUUAUUGGAAUCUGCACACGUCUGCCUAAUAAAUGCUAAUGCACUUGGCACUGAAAUCCUUAAAUCACUCGUACUGCCAGGGAUUGGUGCCUUUACCAUCAUCGAUGGAAACAAAGUGACGGAUGAGGAUAUUGGAUCCAAUUUUUUCCUAGAUGCGGAUAGCGCUGGUAAAUCACGUGCUCAGGUAGCUACGCAACUGCUGCUGGAACUGAAUUCUGAUGUGAGAGGAGAUUACAUUGAUGAAGGGCCUGAACAGAUUCUAAAUAAUAGUCCAGACUUUUUUAACAAUUUUACCAUUGUGAUUGCCUGUGCAAUGCCAGAGAAAUCACUUAUCAUACUAUCCAAAAAGCUGUGGGAAUUAGAUAUCCCUCUAAUUGUGUGUAGAUCAAUAGGAUUCAUAGGUUGUGCAAGAGUUCAAAUCAAAGAACAUACUGUUGUUGAAACGCAUCCAGACAAUGAAAUACCUGAUCUAAGAUUAGAUAAACCAUUUGAAGGAUUGAAGAAUCAUUUUGACAGUAUAGAUCUGGAAGCAAUGGACUUGAAAGACCAUUCUCAUACGCCUUAUGUAACUGUCCUAUACAAGUAUUUACAGAAGUGGCUUGAAACUCAUCAAGAUCUACCAAAAACUCGAGUUGAAAAGGAAGAAUUCAAAGAGAUGAUCAGAGAUGGCAUAAGGAAAGAUGAAAAUGGUGUUCCUAUUGGUGAGGAGAAUUUUGAAGAAGCUAUUAGAGCAGUUAAUACAUGUAUUCGUCCUACAACUGUGUCAGGCACCGUCAGUGAGGUUCUAAAUGACAAUAGCUGUAUCAAUUUGAACUCAAAAAGCAGUUCAUUUUGGAUUAUUGCCAAAGCUAUAAGGGAUUUCAUGGAACAUGAAGGUGGAGGCCUUUUACCUCUGACAGGUGCAUUGCCAGAUAUGGUAGCUGACACUGAAAAAUUUAUUUCCCUUCAGCAAGUGUAUCAUAAGCAAGCAGUAGCUGAUGUGGAAGCAGUGUGGAGGAGGACUCUUAUGUUAUUGAGGCAAUUAGGUAAACCAUCAGAUUCGAUACCUGAGAAGGAUGUGAAGCUCUUUUGCAGACAUGCAUCUGAACUUUGUGUCCAGAGGGGGACUUGUAUUGCGGAUGAAUAUGAUCCUAAGUUGAUUAAUACAAAUAAAAUAGCACAAGAAUUGGAAAAUCCCGAAAGUCUAAUGGUAUACUAUGUGGUAUUAAGAGGAGUAGAAAAGUUUCAAGCAGAGUAUAAUGCUUACCCAGGUGAAUUUGAUGAUCAUGUGGAGCCUGACAUUGUUAAACUAAAGGCCUGCAUAUCAAAAUUAUUAGGUGAAUGGGGAUGUGGACCUCUGGUGAAAGAUGAUUAUGUGCACGAGGUGUGCCGGUUCGGAGGUGCUGAAUUACAUUCUAUUUCUGCAACCUUAGGAGGCCUUGUCGCACAGGAAACAGUGAAAUUCAUAACACAUCAGUACAAACCAAUCAGUAAUACUUUCAUUUAUGACGCAGCAAUUUUAGAAGGAGCCACCUUCUUUUUCUAAGUUAAACAAUAAAAAAACAAACUCGUUAUUAUUACUUUAAUUAUAUUAUUUAAUAAUUGAAUUAUUACGAAAUACAAUUUUAUCAUUUGUA